CACCUCUCCCCGCACUGCCUUCUUUGAGCUUCCCUUCCACCAAACUUUGCUUUCAAUAGCCUUCACUACUUUUCUCACCAACCUUUUUCUCCAAAAUGCCAGCUGAGGCCACCACCCUCCCCGGCCACGGCCAGACCGUGUGUGUCACCGGUGCCGGAGGCUUCAUCGCCUCCUGGCUCGUCAAGCUGCUCCUCGAGAGGGGCUACACCGUCCGGGGGACCGUCCGUGAUCCUGAGGACCCCAAGAAUGGUCAUUUGAAAGAACUUGAAGGAGCUGCUGAGCGAUUGGUUCUCUUGAAAGCUGAAUUGCUCGAUAUCGACAGUCUCCAUGCUGCGAUUGAUGGCUGCGAUGGUGUGUUCCAUACUGCAUGCCCAGUUACUGACGAUGAGACCGUGAUAGUUCCUUCGGUGAAUGGGACCAGGAAUGUGAUCGAUGUCUCGGCUGGUGCAGCCAUCCGGCGGGUGGUGUUCACCUCCUCGAUCGGCGCCGUCUACAUGAACCCUAACCACAGCCCGGACGUGGUUGUUGAUGAGUCUUGCUGGAGCGAUCUUGAGUACUGCAAGAGCACCAAGAAUUGGUAUUGUUAUGGAAAGACGGUGGCCGAGCAAGAUGCAUGGGAGGUAGCGAGGGAAAGGGGAGUGGAUUUGGUGGUGGUGAACCCGGUGCUGGUGCUCGGACCACUCCUUCAGCCAAACAUCAACGCUAGUGUAGCACAUAUCACGAAGUAUCUAACUGGGUCAGCAAAGACGUACAUAAACGCUGCACAAGCGUAUGUCCAUGUGAGGGACGUGGCAGAGGCUCAUAUAAAAGUUUACGAAGCUCCGGACGCAAAGGGACGAUAUAUAUGCGCAGAGAGCACACUGCACCGUGGGGAGGUGGUUCGCAUCCUUGCUAAGCUCUUCCCGGAGUACCCCAUCACCAACAAGUGUAAAGAUGAAAUAAAUCCACCGAAGAAAGGAUACAAGUUCACCAACCGACGGCUCAAAGAGAUGGGAAUUGAGUUCACGCCUGUGAAUCAAUGCCUCUAUGAAACUGUCAAGAGCCUGCAAGAAAAAGGCCUGCUUCCUGUCAUCUCUCCGGACGCAAACUUUACAGCAGCGCACUAAAUUUAAUUACGUAAUUAAUGGCUUCCUAUAUGUCAAUGUUUCCAACCUAACUCGUGAUAUUAAUGAGUUGUUGUCAUACUCAAAAGUAAAGAGUUGUUAUCAGACUCAAAGCUGGUUAUACUUCCUAUAUAUGCAACUUGUACAUGCUAUUAUAUUUGAGUAGAUUUUAAUAAAAAAAUACAGAGAUUUUGUCCUUC